ACUGUAUAAUGUUGAAAUGCUCCAAAUUCUUUUGAAAUUCAGUCUUUUAAAGUGCCAGUUUCUCACUUUAAUCUUGUAUCGCCACUAAUUUUAUUUCCAACACAGUGUGAUUCAUUUAAAGAUAUCCUUUUUGCUAACCUUUGUUAAGUCUGAUACAUGUACUGUAGAAUUUGUUGCACCCUGACAGGAACUGAGAAAUGAGCACCCACACAGGAAAUGUGGUCAAAAGUCUGUCCCGGAUGUUGGUUGCAUGACGUGAAUAGAAUAAUGAAGACAUACAGAUAGGUAUAGAAUGUGUGACAGAGAGAAGGAGAGAGGGAGGGAUAGAUCAAACCUAAGAUUAAAUUGGGCAGAAAAGAAUAAACAUCACCCAUGUGAUGAGUGAUGUUUUAACUGUUCCCUCACUGGCCUUGGUGCUGCUGGAAGAGAUAGAUGCCUUUGGUUUAUGUCAUCAACAGGCAGUGACUACAAGUUUAGACUCUUUUUCAACAAAGCUUUAUCCAUCGACCAGGGUCACAGUGCAGUGCAGUGAUAAAAUGAUAAACAGAGGGUGUAGACAGUUAAACUGCUCACCAGAAACAACCCCUCAACCCCACCCACUGCCUCUCAAUCCACACACAUACACCUCUGUCUCUGCCUCUCUUUCUUUCUGUCUCUCUUGCUCACUUGCUCGCCUGAUUAGCUGCGUCUGUGGUCAGGAAGUGUGAAGGAGCUUUUGUGACAUUUCGCUUGAAAUCUGUUGCACUGCAUACCUGCAAUGCCGUGCCAGCAAGUUAAGAAAUGUGACAAAUGAUCAGGAUGGGUUAAAAAAAAGCUUCUCCAGACUGGAUUGUGUGUUGAGUGUGUGCAGUAUUUUUGUCGGAGUGAGAUCUGUGAAUGGCGGCACUAGAAGUUGUAAUAUGCCUCAGGAUUUCCCAUUUGCGCAACCCUAGAAAAAUCCAAGUGAACUUCAAAUAGCAAAGGUGGACAUUUUGUAACAAGGAAACAUUUACAGUGACAACGUCUUUCACCUAAACCCACGAAAACCUUGAAAACAAAAACAACAGAACUCACUGAGAGCGACGCUGAUGGAGGAGGAAAUCUUGUGCUCCUCUCUGCCAGAUAUUUCAGAUUCAGUCCUUCAGCAGCCCCAACAAGACUCGUGGACCUCUAAAGACCACCAGUACAUCAAUGGGGGACAGGAGGACAUUGUUUGGGGUGAGACAGAGGUGCACAUUAAUCAGGCACAGGGGACAGAUCAAGUCAGUCUCUCCUCGAAGGCAGCAGAAGAUGCUCCUGAGGAGGCAGAACAAUGGGAGCAAACAGUUUGGUCUGUACGCCCUAUGACCCGUACCAGUGCUCCACUGUCUUUUGCCACAGUACAGUGGGACAUGCCCGAUGCCUUUACUGAGAUGCCCUUGCUCAUGACUGACAGGAGCUCGGCGAAUGAGCUGGACUCUGGUGACGUGAUAAAUUUAGAAACCACUUCCCUGUCACUUCAUCAAUCUGAAGAUGAGAAUGCUGAGCCUCUCAUACAGGAGGAGGGAGAGGAACAAGAUGGGUUUGAUUCACAGCUUCUGAACUCAAAUAUAGAGUGGACAGGAAAUGGCUCUCAGCCAUGUGAUGCUGCAGAUGUGCAAGAGCCAACGACACAGGAAAAGGAAGAUUCAACACACGAGCUGUUAGACUGUUGUAAUGAAAUCCCACUGAGAACAGACUCAGAGGAAGAGGACGGACACUCAGUAACCUCAGAUUGUGUUGAAACUGUGGACUUAAUUGAUACUCUUGAGGAGACUGAAGGCUCAGAGGAUGUGGCGAACAGUCUUGUAGAUGUAAAACUAGAAGAGGAACAGGAGGAGCCCGGCGUUCUGCUGACUGGACAGGGAGACUCAGAGGAACUGGAACCAUCAGCAAAUGGUGCAGAGACUGAAGAAGAGAAUGAGGAGGGAGGCGAAGAAGAAGAGGUGCAGAGUGUGAAAAACGUGUCUUGUGCCGAAGAAAGUGAAGAGGCAAAAACUGUCAGUUGUCUGAGUGAUGUGGAGGUUUCUGCUGAGCAGCUACACACUGACGAUGCUGGGCUAACCCUAAACCCAGAUAAGCUAAUUGAUCUGCAACAGCCAGAGCUUUUGGAAGAACAUAGGGACUGGGGAACUGAGGAGGACAUAGAGACACUUAAACGGUUACAUGAAGAUCCCAUAGCUCAGACUGAGGAGCCAGAAAUGUGUAAAGAUGCAGAUCAUAACGUAGACCCUGAACAGUUGGAGGCUGUGGACAACGACAAAGAAGCAUCAGUGCAGGAGGCAGAAAAUGCAGAGAGGAUAGAAAACUCACAGGAGAUACUAGAGCUGCCUGAGCAACUGGAGGAAACAAGUUGUUUAGAGCAACAAGAUAGUAACAGAACAACUUCACAGGAGAGAGAGGCGUCACCGCAGCCCCAACACUCUGAAUCCGAGCAGCGGGAAAUGACAGAAGAGCUCCAGCAGACCCAAGCAGAGGUGUCAGAUCCGAUAGAGGAGCAACUCUCUGAAGACCAUUUAGGACAGUCACAACAUCUGGAGCAGUCACCCCAGAUGGAACUGACAGAACAGUCAAGCCAACUUGAAAAUGCAGAGCAGACAGAGGAGUCAGAGCAUCCAGUUUGCGUUGAAGCUCCAGACCCUAAGGUUGCAGAGCUGCAAGAACAGACGGAGCCGACAGAGCAGAAUGAGCAGUCACUGCAAACGAACGACUCGUUUCAGCCAACACUUUCCGAGCAGCUUGUGCAACCAGUGAAUUCAGAUGAGUCAGAAAUAAAAGAGCAGCUGUCUGCUGAGACUGAGGUCACACAGCAGAAAGCGGAGGCUGAGUUAAAUCAGGUGGGCACGCAGGCCGAGAUGGUACGUCAGGCUGAAGAAGAAGGAGGUUCUGAGGAUGGAGGUGUACAAACAGUUGUGGCAAAUGGAGAGCAACCUAAGACCUCUGACACUGCCGUGGUUCAUAUGAAUGGAGGAGAGGUGGACAGAGAGAUGGCCCGCCACCUCGCUGAACAGCUGUAUAAGUUGGACGGAAUUCAACGGGUGGACGUCGUGAAGCACUUAGAUAAAGAUAAUGACUUCAGUCAUGCUGUCGGAGAGGAAUACCUCAAAUUCUUUGACUUCACUGGGCAAACUCUGGAUCAUGCCCUGAGGUCUUUCCUGAAAGUUGUGGUACUGAUAGGAGAGAGCCAGGAGAGGGAGCGUGUGCUGCAGCAUUUCGCCUGCCGCUUCCAUCAGUGCAACCCCAGCUCCUUCACCUCCUCGGGGGCCGUGUUGGCUCUGACAUGUGCUUUGAUGCUUCUCAACACUGACUUGCACGGACAGCAUAUAGGAAAAUCCAUGUCCUCCUCUAAGUUUGUGUCCAACCUCGAUGGGAUGAAUGAAGGCGAAAACUUCAGCAAGGAUCUCCUGAAAAUUCUUUAUAAUUCGAUUAAGAGUGAGCCGCUGGAGUGGGCUGUUGAUGAGGAGGAGCUGAAGAACUCUGUUCUGCCGGACGAAGAUGUCGGAGACGAUGCACCGCUGCGCUCAAAAGCCAACCCGUUCCAGGACGUUCCCCAUGACAAGAAGGCCUCAGUGGUCAAAGAGGGAUUCCUCCAGAGGAAGCUCCAUGCAGACAUUGACGGCAAACGCACUCCGUGGGGGAAAAGAGGCUGGAAGACUUUCUAUGGAGUUCUGAGGGGAAUGGUCCUUUACUUACAGAAGGACGAUCACAGGAGGGAUCAGCAGACUAACGAGGAGGUGGUCAGUGUGCACCACUCUCUCGCCGAGCAGGCAGCUGAUUACACCAAGAAGCCGCACGUCUUCCGUUUGCAGACAGCUGAUUGGAGGGUUUUUCUCUUUCAGGCCUCAUCCAAAGUGGAGAUGAACUCGUGGAUCAGCCGCAUCAACCUGGUUUCGGCUCUUCACUCCUCGCCUCCGUUCCCUGCUGCUGUCGGCUCCCAGAGGAAGUUCUUCAGACCUAUCCUCCCCGCCUCGCAGUCUGCUCACACUCUGGAACGUCAGCUGCAGUCUCAUGCAGGAAUGCUGCAGUCCUUCAAGGCGGACCUGUCAUACCUGCAUCAACACCCUCCAGAGGGCAGGAAAGCCAAACCCAAGGAGCUGGACGAGCAUCGUGUCAGGGCGGAGUACCUGCACCACGAGAUGUGUCGCUAUGAGAUCUACAUCCAGGUGCUGGAGGGCUGGAAGAAGGUGGAGAAGACAGACAACAGUGGGUUGAGCACCGCAGACCUGACCCUGUUUGAUAAAGCCAUGUGUGCAGACUCUGUGAGGGAGGAAGAUGAGGAGGAUGGUGGUCUGAAGAAGUCCCACUCCAGCCCUUCUCUGGAGCUGGAGAUGGCUCCUCCGACGGUGAUCAAAGUCAGACGCAAUAUCUCUGAAAGACGGACUUAUCGCAGGACUAUUGUUCCUCGAUGGAAUAAAGAGGCCUGAAAGGUGUUUUACUCAUUGAUAAUAAAACUGGUUCAUGGCCCUUUGAAAAAUAGGUUUUAUAUUUCUGCUGCAAGCUGACUGGACUUCAGUUUUUUUAGUUUGUGGAAGCACAGAAGCAGGGAAACACCAGCGUUUUGUAUGAAAUCUGUCUCCACAAGUUGUUAGAGUUUUUCUGCAUUUUUAUAUUGUGCACUUUUUCAAACAUAAACCUCAGGGAAUCCUUAACUCAGACUCUCUCAGGAUAGAAGGGAGAACCUGACUCUUUUGUUGAGUGACUCAAAAUGCUGGGUCCUAAUUUAUUUCGUUUUUUUGUUUUUUGUUUUUUUUUUAUCAUUUUUGGUCUAUUAUUACUCAGAACAGUGCAAAAUUGGUUACUAUUGUAUUUUGGGCAAAAGCUGUGCUGUUUAAAAUGUAAACCACAAGAGGGUGCUGUAGUACAGGACAUGUCUGAGUGAAUGUAGGUGGGGUAAGAUGUGCUGUCAUUUAGUUAUAAACUUGUUUUAAGGAAUCCUAAUUGCACUUUUGUUGUUUUUAAUAUUCUGCAUAAAUUGUUGAUUUGGUGACAUUCAUGCUACUGUUAUAUAUUUGGUUCAUAUGAAGGUUUUAUUUCCAAAAUUCUACGUAUUUUUUCCUCCUUUGGGGAAAAAAAAUAAAGUGUUACUUGUCUUUAUCAUUCAGUAUCGGUGAGGCUGGUGAUGGAUUUUCAGACUUCUGGUUCGAGUGUCUGUAAUUCAGUUGAGGUCUUUGGAAUUUACAUAUAACAAACCCUAGUUAUUCAAACUUUUGCUUCACAGUUACAGGUUUUGUGAGCUGUAAUGUCAGAUACAAACAUCUUUCUGCGACAGUAACAGUAUCUGCUGACUGUAAAAUGUGUUUAUUUAGUUUGUUUUAAUUUAAUUGAUGAUGCAGAUGCUUAAUUUCAGCCCAGUAAACUUUAGAAAACAUACCUUUUGUAACAUCUUUAAAAAAAAAUCUGCUUUACUGUUACCAUCCUGACACAGUGAAAUGGUUACCACUGAAUGUACGUGUUUGUUUCAACCCAUGGCUCAAAAUACACAACGUUGCGUUACAA